UCGAAGUACAUACUGCGCAUGGCUUAAAGAUUUUACAGAUUGACGUGAAUUAUUCGCGACAAUAGCGAUGGCAAAAUUCGUAAAUCGAAGAGCAAGUGGCGAUGAAAAAACAAAAGCACGGUCUUUGUUUGGGAGAGGAGCAAUCGGCGUUAAAGAGUUUCUGUGAGAUAGAAUUAGAAGGUGAACGCGAGACGAAUAUCGCGAAGGAACGAAAUUGUGGAAAGAUGAAGACUGUGUGGAUAAUCGGUGGGCCAGGAUGCGGCAAAGGAACUCAAUGCGAGCGUAUUAUCGCGAAAUAUGGAUUUUGCCACAUAAGCAGCGGCGAUCUCUUGAGGGAAGAGGUCGCUAGCGGCAGUCCUAGAGGAGCCUCUCUUCAAGAACUGAUGUCCAAGGGCCUGUUCGUCCCCACGGACAUCGUAUUGGACCUAAUAAGAGAACGAAUGGAGAAAGCUAAAAAAGAAGAAAGUACAAAAACUGGAUUUCUAAUCGAUGGAUACCCUCGUGAGUUAGAACAAGGGAUUCUUUUUGAAAAGAACGUUUGUACGGUCGACAUGAUUAUUUUUUUCGACGUCUCCAACGAAACAAUGACAAAAAGGCUGCUGGGUCGAGCGGCCGUUUCACAAAGAGCCGAUGACAACGAGGAGACGAUAAAGAAGAGGAUCGAAAUAUUUAAUGUGAAAAACGGCGAGAUCGUUCAACAUUAUAAAGACAAAGUUGUCAAAAUAAAUGCUGAAGGCACCGUGGACACUGUGUUCGCAGAAGCGACGAAAGCGCUCGAUUCUUUGCUGGCUUAGGCUCGCCUAAGUUUAGGACUGCCUAAUAAUAAUUCAUAAAUGAUUUCUCGGUGGUUCCCGAGUCGAGAUUCAGAAUGUCAAGUAUAUGUAUAUUUCAAUGUCAUCCAUUUCUAGUUAAUCAAAUACUCUGACGAGGAAGGUUUUCUAAAUGUGCGGCUAAAUAUGUUUAAGGAACAUAUGAACAAAUUUUUAUUAGUUUUGCCAUACUGGAUAAAAGAAUUGGUAAGAGAUUUUCGUGUAUAUUAGUAUACACAUGAUAGGACCGUGCAAUGAAAACGGUAGGUACAUACAUUUGAAAUAGAAAGAAAAUUUACGUUUAAAUGCUUAAUGGUGGACUGUGACGCCAUUUUUCCGUUAUUAGGGGGCAGAGCAGUUGCACCCAAAACUAAUUCAAUGUUUGGAGAACCUACCUCGUUAUUUUACUAGGAAAAUUACUCAAAGCGUUAAUUUAUUAUUAAUUAGACUAGCGAAUCUACUGUAACUUUCGACUGAUACUUUUUUUAAACUAAUUGGAUACCUGGGAAACCUGGCUCGUAAAUUUCUAGGAAAAUUAUUUAAACCGUUAAUUUAUUAUUAUUAGACUAGCGAGUCUCGACUACCUACUUUCCGAUAGCAAUAAAAAAAGAAAUUCAAUCUGUCCUAGGGAGUACCUGCUAAUAUCAAUUAUUGUUACAUUGCUCAUAAAUUUACUGUCUGUUUUGAAUAAUAAAUCUAUAUAUUUUACGA